AUGGAAUGGCCAAAUGAUAAGGCUUUAUUAUUUAUUAGUGAAAUUGAAAAUUUACCAAUUCUAUGGGAUUCUUCAGAUCCAUAUUAUAAAAUUGGUAGGAAAAGAAAUGAAACAUGGGAAAAUCUUGCCAACAAAUUUGGCACAACAGUGCUAGAUGUUAAGAAGAAAUGGCUCUCAUUACAAGCAUCAUAUAGAAGAGAAAGAAUUAAAGUGAUUGAUUCUGCAAAAGGGACUGAUGAAAAAGUAUCAUCAAAAUGGUUUGCAUAUAAUGCUAUGAUGUUUUUAGGAGAUCAUUAUAAGCCAAGAGGUACAAGAAGUACUUUCGAGAUUUCUGAAAUGUGUCAAGUGGAAGAAAAUAAUGACUAUAAGGACCAGGAAAGCAUAAGACAAAUGGAAGUAACAUGCUCGAAAAUAGAAAAUAUGUUACAUGAGAGAAGCUUACAAUUGUGUAAUAGCACAUCGCGAAGAAAACAUUUAAAAAUGUUUCAUUCUCCGGAACAAUGUGUCUCAAAGAAGAAAAAAAUUAAUGAAGAUAAUAAGCCAAGUGAGAUGUAUAUUUUAAAAGCUACUGUUGCAGAAAAAGAAUCUCAACGAGACGAAAAUGAAACUUAUGGCGAAUAUGUGGCAUUAACAUUGAAGAAAUUGGAUAAUUAUUCACGUAUAAUGGCUAAACAUUACAUCAAUGAGAUUCUUAUAGAAGCAGAGUUAGGGAAAUACAAAGAAUCAAUUCCUCAAAAAUCGCCUACACCUACGACGUAUUCCGGUAUUUCGCCAUCACUUUCUGUAUAUUCUUACCAGUCUGGAAGUUCUAAUAAUGUAAUUUCUCCUGAUCCAAAUCUAUGAUUAUCCAAAACAAAUAAAUAGUUAAUUAUUUAACAUAA